AUGAUAUUUAUAGGCUUAUCACUCUUGAUAAUAGCAGCAUAUGGAGCAUAAAAUGCUAUCGUGAACAUUCCUUCAGAUGUGUGUCAAUGUAGCUAAAUUUCUUCUUAAUUGGAUUGCACUUUGGCGAAUAGAUGCUAAUGGAGUUUCUAAUCAUCUUCAUGUGAAUCUAUCAAUUGCUCAAAAGUUUCAGAUCAAUAUAGCUGCGCAUUGAACUCCUAGUGCUAUUGGACUGGAUUAGCGUGCACAGAAUUGAAACACUUUAACUGUGGAUCGAUCUAAUUAAAUGCUCAGAAUGGUCUCACUUCAUGCUAAGAAGCAAAUAUAUUUUGUGCCCCUGACCCUAAAAGUGCUACCACUUGCAUUACAAGAAGCUCAACAACUGUUAACUGUGCUUCUUGUACCACAAGUGUUGAAUGUGUUAAGAAUGGUUUGGCAUGCAAGUGGGAAUCAGCUACAGGUGGGUCAGGUACUUGCUAACCUAUUGGAUGUCCAAAUUUGAGAACCUAGGAAGAUUGCCUCUAUUAUGCUACAACUACCGCAUAUAAGAGUUUAUAAUUAUGUACAUGGUAAAAUGGAAACUGCAUACCCGCUACAACAGCCCAAGUUUCCAAAUAUUCGUACAAUACAUGCUUCUUGAAUACUUUAGGAACAUACACAUUCAGCUCAAAUAAUGUGGACGAUCAAGGAAAUUUCAAAGGCUAUUGCAUGAGUUGUUUCGACCUCUUAUUAUCAGGGUUAAUUGUAUUGGGAGCUUUGAUCAUUUGAUAAUUUAAUAAACAUAUAGAAUAUGAUAAAUUUAUAGAA